CUUCAUAAUCAUAACCUUCAUGAGAUUUUUUUGUGUAAUUAGAUGAAUAAUUAACCAGUUUCAUGCUCAUUCUAAAUACUUUAUCAAUACUUGUCCAAGUGGCCCUUAUCGUGUUUAUGUCAUUGCUGUCUAUGAAUUUGAUUCGGUAUUUUACUGGUCCGUUUCGUAAAAUGGCUGUGAUCGCUCCCGCUCUCUUCGUCAACCAUGGUGGAGGUCCUCUGCCACUUCUAGGCGACGCGGACCAUGCAGGACUCACAAACUUUUUACGGGACGAAGUAAAGAAGCAUUUGAAUCUAGCGGAAACGAAGGCCAUCAUUUUGGUCACUGCUCAUUGGGAAGAGAGUUCUGUGACAAUAUCAUCAGGUACAAAGCACAGUUUAUAUUUUGAUUAUUACGGGUUUCCACCUGAAUCUUACAAAUAUAAGUAUGACGCACCAGGCGACCCUGAAUUAGCGAAUCGUAUUCAACAAGCAUUGACUAAAGCAGGAAUAAAAUCUAAAUUAGACCCUAAGAGAGGUUGGGACCAUGGAGUUUUUGUACCAAUGAUGCUGAUAAACCCAGCAGCAAAUGUGCCCAUAGUACAGGUGUCUGUCCUCAGCAGUCAGGAUCCUGAAGAACAUUACAAACUUGGAGAAACACUGUAUCAGUUCAGAAAAGAAGGGGUAGCAGUACUUGGGUCUGGAAUGUCUUACCACAAUAUGAGGGAAUUUAUGAUGGGGCGUACUGGGAAAGUAGUGAAUGCUGAAUUUGAUGAGUAUUUACAUAAAGUCUGUACAGACGAAGAUGAAUCUAAAAGGAAAGAAGGUUUAUUGAUGUGGCGAAAACAGCCAGGAGCAACAGAAGCUCAUCCAAUGAGGGCUGCAGAGCAUUUCAUGCCUCUAAUUGUUAUCGCAGGUGCCGGUGGACCGAAACCUGGUACAAGAAUAUUCAAUUGGGACAUGAGUAGAACAUUCCGUUUGAGUGCCUUUGUUUGGAAAGAUUAAUUAAUAUUAACCUAGUUAUUACACAUUUACAAAAACUCACUAACUUAUGAAGACCUAAAUUUUAAUAUAUAAAAGAAGAAGGUUGAAAUACCCAAAUGGAAAUUGAGUUGAAAUGUUCAUGAGUUCUUAUUAGAAAUACUAUUUAUGAUUGGUUUUUACAUUAAUAGCAUCAUCCUAAUUGACAACAAUCGUACUAUGACACAAUGCUAUCUUGUUGUGCAUUGAGUUCAAACAUAAAGAUUUCGUUAGAAGUGUCAUAAUACAAAUCAUAAUUCGUUGCACAAGCACAGGUACAUUUUUUUUUAUCGUACAAUGAGGUUGCUAUUGUGGACAACACCUAAUGCCUAAUGUCUAAUGUGGACAGCCUAUAUCUAAAGAAAUCAUUCCUAGCACUGUGGUUAAACUAAUAGGGAUAGGUGGAACUCGGGUUAGCAAAGUUUGUUGAAUAUAUGCAUCACUAAUUUAUAAUUAUGUACACUGAUUAUGUUAAUUACUGCUAUAAUUAUAUGAAUAGUUAAUAUAGGCACUGCAUAAUAUCAUAGAAGUUGAACAAAGCAGUCGUAAUCAAUCAUAUGGGAAUGGAUGCUUUGCUUAAUGGCUUUAGCCAUUAUGUAAACUUGUUUAUUUGCUCAUUCACUGUUUGAAAAAUUGUUAAUACAGUAGAAUGCCGAUUGUCCGAACGCUGAUUAACUGAAUUCCUAAUUAUCCGAAUCGGCCCUAAGCGUAAAAUAUAAUUAUUAUUGUAUUUACUAUUGUAGAACUGUGUUUGUUAAUCUUAAUAAGGUUUAUUCUAUGUGUGACAGUUCGUUUUUCUAUAUUAUGAGUCUAUGUCCGAUUAUCCGAAUCGACCCCUGUCCCAAUUAAUUCGGAUAAUCGGCGUUCUACUGUACUUGAAUAAGAUAAACAUGGUUGAAAGUGUAAAUACCUUAUUAGAUUUUUUAUUUUAACCAUUUAACUGCUAUAUUUAAAUCUAAGAAAAAUAUUAUUAAUAAUACAAUCUGGUUAGCAGAAGAUACGGGAUAGUCUGAAACCUGGAUCAUGUGGAAUUUUUUCUAGUAAUAGUUCCUUAUGAUGGUGUAACUAUUUGCCUUAGUUUUUAUCUAUAAAUAACUGUGUGCCCUAUAAUAAUAUAUUUUUUAUUAUAGUCUAUCACAUUAUUUUUUUGUUACGAGUUGCAGGUCACAUAAUUGGGUUUGUAAAUAUUUCUAUAAUGUAAUUACAUUUUUCUAAGUUGCUAUGUAUAAAAACAAGUUUGCCUUAAACAAAAGUGUAUAUAAACUAUUUUUUCAACAAAUAGAUAAUUUGAUAUUUUGAUUUAAGACAAUAAAUGUAGAUAUUUAAUAGAUGAUAUUAAGGGUGAUGAAUUUUAGUAGGUACAGUGAUAAAAAAUAUUUUGGAGAAAGCUACUUUUUUUGUUUUAUUUGUAGAAUAUGGGUGAUGACGGGUAAAAUAAACGAAAUACUAUUUUAUCCAUCAGUUAGAUUAUCAAUAAAUAUUGGGCACGUAUUUUUUCUUUUCUCAGUUAACCAAAACUUUGCGAGUGGCAGUUCUGUACCAAGACCUGAUAUCAUGCGACACUACAAAUUCAUUUAACUCUGUAAUGUUGUGUGAUUUAGAAAAAAUAUGUGUCUUAUACUUAUUUAUUAAUCUACCUGAUACACAAUGUUUAUAAAACGAAGGUUAAAUUAACCAUUACGUAUUUUAACUGACUUAUUGAAAGCACUUGAAUCGUCCAAUAUUUUUUCCUACCACCUUCACUUCCUAUUCAGCACAUCUUUUUGCUGAUGAGAAGAAUGGGCGCAAGUAACUCUCAGCGUUUCAUAGAAGCAGCAACAUUACAAAAAAAUCAUAUCUAAACCAAUACAACGUCCAUUCACAUUUUGAUGGCUGUGUCCAAGCUGUUUCAUACAUUAUAUAAAUACUCUUUUGAAUCGUCCAAUAUGUUUUUCCUACUAACCAUUCAGGAUAUUUUUUUAGUUGAUGAGAAGAAUGGGCGCAAGUAACUCAUCAGCAUUUAAAACAAGUAGGAACAUUUACAAAAAAAUGAAGUCGCUACCAUUACAACGUUCAUUGACAUUUAUAUUGCUGUGUCAUACAGUAUACAGGGUGGUCCUACUAGUAACGUCAACAAUUUUUUUUAGAUUCCUCGCACCUGGGGGUAUUCGAAAAUACCCCAUGUAAGUUCCGCGAUUUUUCUUAGUUUUCGAGUUAUAAUUGUUUUUGUGUAUUUUUAAUGAUUUCUGCCAACGAGGUUUCAAAAAAAUUUAUCUUUUUUCGUAGUACUUAGGUAUUUUGCAGUCUUUUCUCUUGCUUUAUUUUUCUUUCCGCUUCUGUAAGUUUUUGUCUCAAUUCUUGUUCGCAUUUUAAAUCUUAGUGGUGAAACCGAAAGUAUUGUAAAAUUACACAUGCUAAAGUUAUUUUACAGGAAUUUCAAUUAAAAUUAAUUUUAAAUUACAUUUUUAAGUUAAAUUUACCGUAACAAUAAUGAAAAGUAGAUAAAAUAUUUUUAAUGCUUUAAUCAUGUUUCAAUGAUUUUUAGCUAUCCGCCUUCAAAAGCCAAUUACAACAAAAAUAGGCUGAUUAAGUACAAUUUCUUUUUAUGAUUUUUGGUAGUUUAGAAGCAUGCAGAGUUUUAAAUUUUAGCGAGAACCUGUGGAAAUUCCUUUUUGUACUUCUAAAUUGAAGUUCAAUGUUUGAGUAAAUCCUACUUAAAACUAAAGUUCCAACUUUCAAGCCUUUUUUUGAGUAACUUUAAUUAAUUGCAGGAAGUUGAGUUAUUUUUUUAUUAAAACAAC